AUGGUACACCUAUUUCAAUACUCUAAUGUAAUUACCAUGAUUUCUAUUUUUUGUGCCUGUGAAUUCUUCGUAGAAUGUUCAACUUUAUCCAUCAAUGGUCAAACAUUAAACCUUGAGUUCGACAAUUCUUCUACAUUGAUAUCUUGUUUAUCUCUCGAUGUCAACAAAUUGCGUCUAGUGACGUUUGAUUUAUUUGGUGCAUUAAUGCUAACAGAAUCUUCGAUGAAUCAAAAUAUAGCAUCUCUUUUGCCAUCAUUAUCAUCAUUAGAUGUUAAAAAAUUUACAAGUAAUUGGCUUAAUGCAUAUGUAUCAUAUUUUGGAAAAUCAUUUCCAUCAUCACUGACUCACCAACCGUUUCUAUGGGUAAUUCGUUCAUCGUUAUUAAAAAUCUUAGAUUCAUUUGAUUUAACAAGUAUGGUACCCGAACACAGUGACACAUUCAAUAGUUUAAUGUCUGUAUGGGGAAAUUUACAACCACGAACUGGUACUACAGAAGUUCUGACAAAAUUGAGUAGAAAAUAUCAACUAGGCUUACUUUCUAAUGGUGAUAAAGACACAUUACAAGCAGCGUUACGUAUCUUUCCAUCAUCAGUCAAUGUUUCAUUAACAUUAUCAUCGAAUUAUCCAGUUAAUUGUUUUAAACCAUGUUCACAAAUGUAUGCACAAGCAUUAGCUGCAGUCGAUGGUGAUAAAAAUCAAGUUUUACAUGUGGCUGGGUCAGCAUUCGAUGCGCAUGGUGCACGUAGUUUUGGAAUUUUUUCCGGCGCACUAGAUAGUUCAGCGAUGGAUACAAAUCCCAAACCGUGCUUUGCUUUUAAUGAUAUAACAGAGCUUAUUUCAUUUUUUAAUCUUUAA